CUGGAGGUCAGGCUGUAUCUGAGCAGGCUGAGUUCAGCACGAGUCUUGUUGGAGUACCGUCAGGAGUCAGCUGUGUGGACAACAUGCGUCUCAUCUUAGUGUUCACCGUUCUUGGCUGUGUGGGCCUGGGGCGGGCCGCAGACUGCGAACUCAAGUUUAAGGUCCCCACGACUGAGAUAGACAACAAACUAUGUACGGUCAGCGCCGCGGACAAGAAGAGUAUGGACGACGUGAAGAAGACUCUGGACGAUGCGAAGAAAGAGAUGGACACCAUGGAGAAAAACCAACAGGCCUUCUCCUCCAAGAUGCAGAGCGACAUUCUGACAGAACAGGUUGAGCGAACGAAAGUCAAAGGCCAGAUCAUGUCACUGAAGCAAAAACUGAAUGAGGCCCAGAAGAAAAAUGACGAGCUGAAAAAGCUGGUUGAAGACAGGGAGAAUGAGUUGAAGACCGUACAGGCGGAUCUUGCCAAGGCCACCGACACGUACAACCGAGCCCAGACUAUCCUGAAGUCUGCGACGUACCGGGCCUCCGAGAUCCACCUCGCCCUCAACCCCGAGGACUGGGACCCGUUCUCCACGGACGACCCCGACUUCUACCAGGGCCCUGAGGACGCCGUGGAGGGGGAGAAAGAGGAGGAGGAGACUUCUGAGGGGGAGGAGGGUUCUGAGGAAAGCGAGGAAACAGACGAAGAUUCCAGUGAAGAUGUAGACGAGGUCCUGCCUGCCUUGGAGAGGUUCUUGGCUGAACAUGACAUCUGAAACAAAAGAAAUGUCUUGCUGUAAAAAUUCACUCGUUCUAAGCGUACAUAUUACAUACAUUUAAUCUACACCAUUUGUGUCGAAUAGCAGUCUAGUCAGAGUUGAUCGUCUAGGUUAUUUUUCUGAAUAAAAACUCGUCGGCAUAUUUUAUCACUAACAGAAGCUUCUGCAUGUUAGAAUGUUUGAAUUCGCUUUCAGACAAGUAUGCCAAUCCACA